AUGAAAGAUAAUUAUAUAAAACCAGAGGGAUUAGUCAGAUUCAAAGGUAAAAAACGCAAUAUUAUUCUUGUUAUUCUCGAAUCAAUGGAAUCUACAUUUUUAUCCAGACAAUCUGGAGGAAUUUACGACCAACAAUUGAUUCCUCAGCUUGAGUACAUUGCCAAUCAUUCAGAUUCAUUGCAUUUUUCCCAUAAAAAAGGAAAGAUGGGUGGAGCAUUUGAAUUUUUGAGGACUUCUUAUACUGGAGGGUCAUCAUAUUCCAUGAUAUGUGCAGAUAUAUUGGGAUUCCAGAACAGAGUGAUCAAUCAAAACCAGGAUACAAUGUUCCAUCCCAAUGUAAAAUGCAUUAGCGAUAUUUUGAGAGAAAACGGUUAUAAAAAUUUGGCAAUUUUUGGAGCCCCUUAUUCAUCAUGUCACCAAGGAUUUAUAUUUUCAACACAUGGAUUCUCUAGGGAAGACAUAUAUUCAUCAUUUGAUUAUUCAAAUUCAUUUGAUUGGGUAAGAGAUUAUGUAACAUUAGAUUUUGCGAAAAAGCAGCUUACAAAGGUCUCCCAACAAGGCCAACCAUUCUUUGCUGUUGUUAUGACUCUUGACACCCAUGCUCCGGGCUUGACUUGCCCUUAUUGUCGAAGAACUGCAAAUCGACAAAUUGAUACAAUCAUGUGUUCAGACAGACAAGUCACAAAGUUCGUAGAAUGGAUAAAACAACAACCUUUCUAUGAAGAUACAGUUGUUAUGCUUCAAGGAGACCAUGAAAUGAUGUAUCCAGAAUUAGAUUCAAGAUCUCAUAGAGAAAGAUAUAAAAGAACACUUUUCAAUGCAAUAUUUAACUCAAAAUUACGUCCUGAAGCCGGAACAACAAGAAAUUAUUCAGUAUUUGACGUAGGACCAACACUUUUGGCUGCAGCCGGUGCUACAAUCAAGGGAAUAAAUUAG